CUGUGUUUGUUUUCACGUUGAGUGGAUUUCCUUUUCCGAAAUCAAUGGUUGAGCUGUCAAAUUAAGUUACUUGUCGCUCUUGCAGUCACUGACAGGAUCUACAUUACAAAAUGAUUCAGAAGACUGACUGAAAACAAACUCGCUCUCACACACACACCCACACGCACAGAAUCGCUAACAGGUGUUUCUCUCACAUGGCUCUGCUCUGCUCUGUGUGCUGUGACCGACUGUUCGUGUGAUGCUGCGAAGCGCGCGUUCGGGCUCUGGAGGAACAUCAUCUCCGUUAUCAGCUGAAAUGGCCAGAUAGUGUCAUUAUCUGGAGACUGGUGCGGUGUAGCUGCAGCCGACUGAAUGUUUAGGCGUUCCUGGAGUUUAUCUCUGAAGAAAAAAAUGAACGUUGAAGAGAUGCGCGUACAUUCACCUACGUAAUUGCGUUAAAGCUUAUGUUAGUUUACAACUCUUUUCUUCCGAGCUGUCAUUUUCAUUAACGAACGAUGGCGGUGACUGGUGUAUGAGGACUUGGAUGUGAGCUUUCAAGUUAGAUUUCCCUAACGAACUCGUGUUGUGGAGGAGGUGGGCAAGCGGAUUGUGCCCUCUGAAAGUUUUGGGUGUCGCACCGUCAAACUGGCCAUGGCUGCGGCGAUCGCCAGCUCCCUUAUUCGGCAGAAGAGGCAGGCGAGGGAGCGAGAGAAAUCAAACGCCUGCCGCUGCGUGAGCAGUCCGAACAAAACCAAAGGAACAUGCGAGAAACCCAGUCGACUCAGUGUUUUCUCUAGAGUCAAGCUUUUCGGCUCCAAAAAACGCAGGAGGAGACGACCAGAGCCCCAGCUGAAGGGGAUCGUAACGAAGCUGUACAGUCGACAGGGCUUUCAUUUGCAGCUCCAAGCAGAUGGAACCAUCGACGGCACUAAAGAGGAGGACAGUGGUUUUACCAUGUUCAACCUCAUACCAGUGGGCUUGCGAGUGGUGGCCAUCCAGGGAGUUCAGACCAAACUCUAUCUGGCCAUGAACAGCGAGGGCUACCUGUAUACAUCAGAACACUUCACACCAGAGUGCAAGUUUAAGGAGUCUGUAUUUGAGAACUACUACGUGACGUACUCCUCCAUGAUCUACAGACAGCAGCAGUCGGGCAGGGGCUGGUACCUGGGCCUGAAUAAAGAAGGAGAGAUCAUGAAGGGCAACCAUGUGAAGAAGAACAAGCCUGCUGCACACUUCCUCCCCAAGCCUUUGAAAGUGGCCAUGUACAGAGAGCCUUCUCUGCACGACCUGACCGAAUUCUCUCGUUCUGGUAGCGGCACGCCAACCAAGAGCCGCAGUGCCUCCGCUGUGCUGAACGGGGGCAAAGCUGUGAGUCAGAACGAGUCAACGUAGCCCGGUUUACCCGGCCCGGCCCGCUACCUUACGCCUUCACCAAAACCUCUGAAUGCUUGUGACUUCACACAGACUUCUCUCCAAAAAGCUCUCAGCGGUUCAGGACGACACCAAACAUAGCAUAACCACACACUAGUCUAACAUCCAAUUGGACUUCUUUCUAAUUAGCUGGUUUGAAUUUUUUUUUUGUGGGUGGAGGGGGUGUUAGGGGGGGUACAUUUAGCUUGUUUUCCUUAUUGAUCACCACUACGAUAGCCUUUUCUAUGUGAAACACAAAAGUUGUAGCCUUUCAUAUCCAACGGGACGUUUGGUUUCAGUCCCUCUCAGCAUAUGUUCAUAUACUAGCAUCGCAGGUCCUGAUCAAGUAAUGCGUUUGUUACGAGUUCAGGGCUCUGCCUUGACUGUGGAGCGAUAGAGAAGCACCCGUCCCGGUCUUUAGAGGGGGGCUCUGUCAUUAUGUGCACUCGCCCAGAGGGCUUCGACUCUCUAGCAAGGGAAUAUAAAGCCACACGUACAGAGAAGCUGAGACUCUCGGAAAGCGAGAGGUCGUGGCUUGCUAAUUGUUUGAAUUAGCUGUGAGCUUUUCUUACUUUCUCUUCCUCUUGUUCUUCCCCCAGUAUUAGUGUUUUUUUUUUUAGCGUCUGGAGAUCCAGCGCACCAAAGACAGAACUGUGAGAGUUUCUCCUCCAGCCGUCAGACCAUAUAAUAAUGCAUGACAGGAACAGAUUUUCUUUCUUUUUUCGGAUUAGUGAGAGGUUUCAGUAUUCGAGGAGAUGGAUGUGUGGUUCAUGAGGGCUGUUCGAUGUCUCCAAUUCUUCCUUCUGUCUCUUUUUCGUGUCCUUUUCUAUGUUCCUUUAGUCUGCGUGCUUGUGUUUUUUGGCCUUUCCUGCCCAUGUCAACUCUCCUUUGGUCGCCGUUUUCGGUGAUUUUUUCGAGACAUGGCGGGACUCCCCACCUGGACUCUGUUUUGUGUAUAAUUAACUUGCGGUGGUGACGAUUUUCUAUAUAAAAUGAGCAAACAAAAAAUGAUACUGUGGAUCUUAAGUUGGUUGCAUUUUUUUAGGGUAUGUCUAAUUUGUAAAAGUGAACAAAAAAAGAAACAAAUCUUGUACAGGGCAUGUACAAAUCAGGUUGUGUACAAUUAGGAGCCUUUUUGUGGGCUGCGGUACGGUAUAUAUUCAACAUAACGUCAUACAUGCUACAAGGGGGUUCUUCUCUCUCUCCUGUUUUUGGUUCUGGGUUUCUUUCUUUUAGAUGAACAUACAGUAUCUGUUGCAUGGGAGACUGCAGGGAGGCGAGGAGUAGAGCUGCAUGACGUAGGCUAUGUGUAUUAACUCCUCCCUGGAUCAUAUGUUCCAAACUACCAGGAUAACAACAUGUAUGUACUCACUGGCACUCUGCCACGUACCUUCAAGUUGUUUCUGAUUUGUCGUGUACAUACAAUGCACUGAAUAAAAUGUUUAUAUUAAGAUAUACUUUUAAAA